GUGGGUACAUAUGGGCAAGAUGUUGUUUAUCCCAAGUUUAAGAGAAGAUGUUUGGGAUAAAAAUUUUGAGAAAUGGAAUACCAGAAUGGAAGGCAAAGAGUGAACAAGCAAAGGCAAACUGUGGCUCUAAAAAAGGUGGCUCGUUGCACAUAGGAGGUUCGAUUACUUUUGAGGCCCAUAAACUAAGAAUGGAAAAGGAAAAAGGGCGAGAUGUGAGUUACACUAAGGUCUUCGAGGAGUUUCAUAAGAAAACGAAAAAGGAUAGUACAAGAGAACACUGGGUGAAAACGCAUGCGUCAGACACAUAUGAAGAUUAUCAUAAAAGGUUGGAAAAAUGGCAACAAACUCAGCCUCCUUCAACUCAACCAACACCUGAUGAUAUAGCUUUAUUGUGGACAGAGGCAGAGGGUGGAGCAAACAAAGGCAGAGUUUAUGGACUAGGAGUACAUCGAUCUACAGGUCAUCCAAACCCACUCUUAGCCAAUUCUUCUUCUCCUCAAAAUCAAGAACAGAUGGAAGAUAUGAGAAAUGAAAUUCGUAAAUUGAAGCAACAAUUGGACUCCUAAUACGGAACAUUUGUUAAGAUGCAGAAAUGCAUGCGUAAACAUGGGCAUGAUUUAUCUGAUGAUGAGGAUGAACAAACUGAAUAUGAUGUGUAGUAGUUUAGUUGUGAUGUUUUGGUUGAUUGGUAAACUUGAUUGUGAGAGACAACUUUAUGUAUUGCUUUCAAACUUGAAUAUGGGCUGCUAUCUGGAUGUUUUAUGCCCAAAAUUGUUAAGUUUAAAUGUUGGUAUUGUUGGUUUAAGUUGUGUUAA